AACAUACGGGAUUUUAAAUUCACGAUGUUGCCCUUGCUGUCUCUCUUUCAGCUGGUAUUGCUCUUUCAUUCUGGAGAUUUUCAGUUGAUUGACAGUCUCUACCCACCUCUGGUGGCCACGCCCCCUAACUGUCCUGCUCGACUCGUACCGGAACCUCUUGAUCCUUUGCCCGAGAGCAUAACAAAUGCUCUGAAACUGCUGGAGAAGGAGCUGUCGGCCACUUUAAAUGAGAAAUCAAGGCCUAGUCUCACAGCUAGUGUGGUGUAUCGUGGCAAAGUCAUAUGGGAAGCUGGUCUGGGAGUGAAGAGCAAAGAUCACAGUGAUCCUCCAUCCAGUAGCAGUAUCUACAGGAUUGCAAGUGUUACCAAAGUGUUUGUGGAUGUAAUGGUGUAUCAACUGUGGGAACAAGGUCUUAUUGCUUCACUAGAUGAUGAUUUCCAGAAAUACGCUCCUGACUUUGCAAUCAAGAAUUCAUUUGGAUCAGGUUCUAUUACCCUUAGACAGAUGAUGUCUCAGCUGUCUGGAUUACCCCUUUCUCCACCAUGUACAUUCGAAGGUGUUCCAUUGGCAUACUGUAAUGUCACUGAUGAAGAAAUUUACAGUCGACUGAAAUCAGAGGGACUCAUAUUUGCUCCAUCAACAAUUCCAUCCUACAGUAACUUGGCUUUUGCUUUGCUUGGAAAUGCGUUGACAAAGAAACUUACUAACAUGACAUUUGAGAUGUAUGUGGAGGAGAAGAUUAUCAAGCCUCUUGGGUUAACUGCUACGGGAUUCGAGUUCACAGACAGUGUUAAAGAAAUGAUGGCUGUCGGUUAUAACGCCGACGGAUCGGUGGCUCCACCAUAUGACUUGCAUUGGACUACCCCAGCUGGUCAAAUGUACUCAAACGUCCAAGACCUGGCAAAGUUUGGGGCUUUCUUUAUGUCUGCCUACAACAGCUCGUCGCCAUCUCCUCCCAUCUUGAAGAAAGACACAGUGAACGAAAUGCUUCUUCCUGCAUAUGUCAGUCCUCCUGGAGUGUCAGGGUUUGGAGCACCAUGGGAAAUGCUUAUGGUCAAUGAUCACUUCGUGAGGACAAAAAGCGGCAACAUCAAUGGCUACUCAGCCUUGUUCAGCUUUGUGCCAAAUCUCCAACUUGGAGUCAAUGUAUUGUGGAGUGGCAUGUAUGAUGCGAAGACGUUCAAUAUUGGUUAUGACAUUUACGACAAAUUGAUUACAGCAUUUGAGGAAACUUUGAUUAAAGUACAACCAAUGGUUGGAUAUCCCGAAAACCCCAAGAAUUAUGAAGGAACAUAUCAAACUCCAUCUUUUUCAGGCAAGCUUGAAGCUCACAUAUCAACGUACGAUCACGUGUUGGUUCUAACCCUUCCUGCCAAUCCUCUUCCAAUGUCUAUAUGGUACGUCAAUGCGACGAUGUCUGUUCUAUUUCUUCCUCCCGUGGUGCCGUGUAUGUUGAUGGAACUGUCAGCAGUUGGAGGUGAAAGGAUCUACUUUGAUCUCGAUGGAAACGGAAUGGCCAAGAGUUUCACUAUCCCUGGAUUGUCCUGGGGAAUUAAGUACACAAGAGUGUAGGUCAUUGUUCAUGCAUGUUUUGUGUCAGUGUUGCAUUGAUUUGUGUGUUUUGAGUUGUCAGACUUUUAUGUAGUUGUGACUUGCCAUUAAAUAUUUUUUGCAUAAGUUUGUCAUUGUGUGCUUGUAUGCAACAUAG